UCGAAAUGGCAAACAUAAAAAGCUGAGGCCCAGGGGACCGCAAACCAGAAGAGUAAGGGGCUAACCUGGCACGAGAGAAAGGCUUUGGUGGGGAAGUGUAAAGAGGCCGGAGCGCAGGUAAACUGGGGUUAGGAAACUGCAAUUCACGGCAACAAAGAGGAUGGGGUCAAAUUUGAGAAAAAUGAAGUCAGGUGGCAUUGAAAGCUGCGUGGAAGUUUGUGAGCUUUAUUUCUGCCCCGAUGAGGAGUGAUCUUUCACAGAGGAGGGUCCCAAGAGCGGAGGCUGUGUCCUCCUUCGGUUCCCCAUCAGCAGCAGAGGGAGAAAAGCCUCGAGAAGUUCCCCAGGCCGAUGACCCCCACGGGGGCUCGGCCCCAGGGUGAGGACAGCGCCGAGGUGAGUCCCGGAGGGCGCCGGAGGGAGGCCAGCGGAACUGGCUGGUGCGUUCCCGCCGGGCUAACAAAGGCCGCCGGGAGGUGAGGGCUUCUCCAGCCGCUCCAGCGGUCCGCGGGCGGCGGAAGGGUUAACUGCGCCACCGACUCCCGCGCGCAUCCCGGCCCCCACCUCUGUCGUCGCUUGGAGACGCCGGAAGUGGGGGAGGGGCCGGCGGCGCGGGCGAGGGUGGGAAUCUUUUUCGGGCGCCCGGGGGCGGAGAGAGGGGAGCGCGCGUGCGCGCGCCCGGCCUGCCGUCGCCGCGGUGACCGUCCUCGCAGUCCGUCGGCUCGCGCCCCGCCCCCGUCGCCCCCUCCCCUGUCGCGCGCUGGGGCUGUUUCUCGCUCCUCCCGAGUUACCGCCGCCGUCGCCGCCGCUCCUCCUCUCCCGGUCCUGGGUUUCCCUGGCGCUGCGGCCGCCGUUCCCUCUGCGAGCUGUAUGAGGAGGAGGAGGAGGAGGAUGUGAAGAUGGCGGAGCUGCAGAUGCUGCUGGAAGAGGAAAUCCCGGGGGGCCGCCGGGCCCUCUUCGACAGCUAUACGAAUCUGGAACGGGUGGCCGAUUACUGCGAGAACAACUACAUCCAGUCAGCAGAUAAGCAGAGAGCCCUAGAAGAAACCAAAGCCUACACCACCCAGUCCUUAGCAAGUGUUGCCUAUCUGAUAAACACCUUGGCCAACAAUGUCCUGCAGAUGCUGGAUAUUCAGGCAUCCCAGCUACGAAGGAUGGAAUCUUCAAUCAAUCAUAUUUCACAAACAGUUGAUAUUCAUAAAGAGAAAGUUGCAAGAAGAGAAAUUGGUAUUUUGACUACCAAUAAAAACACUUCAAGGACGCAUAAGAUUAUUGCUCCAGCCAACCUUGAACGACCAGUUCAUUAUAUUAGAAAACCUAUUGACUAUACAAUUCUAGAUGAUAUUGGACAUGGAGUAAAGUGGUUGCUUAGAUUUAAGGUCAGUACCCAGAACAUGAAGAUGGGUGGGCUGCCGCGUACAACACCUCCAUCUCAGAAACCCCCUAGUCCCCCUAUGUCAGGGAAAGGGACACUUGGGCGGCACUCCCCCUAUCGCACACUGGAGCCAGUGCGUCCUCCAGUGGUACCAAAUGAUUACGUACCUAGCCCAACCCGUAAUAUGGCUCCCUCGCAGCAGAGCCCUGUGAGGACAGCUUCUGUGAAUCAAAGAAAUCGAACUUACAGCAGUGGGAGUAGUGGAGGGAGCCACCCAAGUAGUCGGAGCAGCAGUCGAGAGAACAGUGGAAGUGGGAGUGUGGGGGUUCCUAUUGCUGUUCCUACUCCAUCUCCUCCCAGUGUCUUUCCAGCCCCUGCUGGCUCUGCUGGCACUCCUCCCCUUCCUGCUACUUCUGCAUCUGCCCCUGCCCCUCUUGUUCCUGCUACUGUCCCUUCCUCCACUGCCCCAGACGCUGCUGCUGGGGGUGCCCAGACCCUUGCUGAUGGCUUCACUUCUCCAACUCCCCCUGUUGUUUCUUCCACUCCCCCUACAGGUCAUCCUGUACAGUUUUACAGCAUGAAUAGGCCUGCCUCUCGCCAUACUCCCCCAACAAUAGGGGGCUCCCUGCCCUAUAGACGUCCUCCUUCCAUUACUUCACAAACAAGCCUUCAGAAUCAGAUGAAUGGAGGACCUUUUUAUAGCCAGAAUCCAGUAUCUCUUGCUCCUCCUCCUCCCUCCAUUCUACAGGUAACUCCUCAGUUACCUUUAAUGGGAUUUGUGGCCAGAGUCCAAGAAAAUAUUUCAGAUACACCACCUCCACCGCCACCUGUGGAAGAACCAGUCUUUGAUGAGUCUCCCCCACCUCCUCCUCCCCCAGAAGAUUAUGAAGAGGAGGAAGCAGCUGUGGUUGAGUAUAGUGAUCCUUAUGCUGAAGAGGACCCGCCGUGGGCUCCACGUUCUUACUUGGAAAAGGUUGUGGCAAUUUAUGACUAUACAAAAGACAAGGAAGAUGAGCUGUCCUUUCAGGAAGGAGCCAUUAUUUAUGUCAUCAAGAAGAAUGACGAUGGUUGGUAUGAGGGAGUUAUGAAUGGAGUGACUGGGCUUUUUCCUGGGAAUUACGUUGAGUCUAUCAUGCAUUAUUCUGAGUAGAGCUCAGCAGGGAUGUGCUUGCCUCACAGGAAUAGUCAGGUCUUCCCAGAUUAUCUGAAGGCCCUGGAGAUUCCACUCCAGUAAAGUAGAAUGAAGGAUACAAAUGAUAAAAAAAUACACUUUUUUGGUUUAUCCCCCAGUAUUAAAAACAAAAAAAGCAAUCUGAGUCUGAACAAAUGGAUCUUGCUGCCGUCAUUUGUACUAUGCUGAGUUGUCGGGAUUGAAAUAAAGUGACCAUUUUUUGUAUAUGUCAGAGGUAUAACAUAACUGUGUAGCCAAAACAAAAUCAGAUUAAGACUGAUUCAGAAAAAUCUGGGAUCUUUCUCAGGAAUACUGUAUGCCCUUGGGAUUUCUCCUCCUACAGAAUAUGUGGCAUUGGAUGUUCUUCAUUGCCUGUGCUAAGGGGUUAACCUCAUGGCCCAGUUGGUACCCUGCCCAUUCUUUUCUUCCACUAUGAAGAGGAGGGAACCAAUAUUUAAAUACCACACUUAACCAUUUUUACUGUUAUUUCAGAUGGCAUUUUUCUUCUGUAACACUGUAAAUUCUGCAUUCUCUCAGCACUUGAGUGCACCAGAUGAGUGCAUGGUGAACUCACUUGCAUCCCUUCAUAUUUGUUUGUGGAUUAUAAGGAUGAUGAAAUGUGAAAGUCUCCCAACAUUCUGAGGGUGGCAAACGAUUGCCACCAUUUGAUUUUAAUGUGCUGCUGCAUGAGACUGCACUGUUGCUAAUGGCCGGUAUGCCCAGAUGUGAAGUGUGGUAGGCUGGUUCAUGUGCGGAGGUGGGUGUGUGAAGGUUCUUAAGGUUCUGAAGAGACUGAACUGUGGAAAUGCUCUUAGCAGGCAUCCCAAACCCUUGCCGUCGGUGCUGUUUUGAGGAGUAGGUCUUGGAGUUCAGACCAACUAUGAUGAUCACUUCUUUCACUAUUUAGAAAAUCGUAUUCUACUCUGGAAGAGAAUAGUGGUUAUUUUCAAGUCUCUUGAUAGUCACUGGGAAUAAAAGGUUUGUUAAUGUGCUCUCUGGAUGUGAUUAAUGGCCAGUAUUAAUUGCUGCUGUAUCAUUGACUCACUUAGCUGCAGAAAAGGUAAUACUCUCCUGAUUUUGUAUUAUUGGACUCUUAAGUAGCUGCUUUUAGUGAGAAUUUAAACCUGUCUCAGAUUAAGAAUAUCAUGAAUAAGAUUAAUAGGCCAAAAUACAUAUCUAAUCACAUUGAUAAAAAUUAAUAUAACUGACACAAACAAUAAAAUACAUUUCCCCCAUCUGUACAAUAAAUACAGCUUCAGAUCCAAUGGAGUUUGUAGGGCAGAUGGCUUUAACCUUCACUACUGUAGUCAGUAUAGGAAAUAUUGAAAAAAUCCAGGAGGGCUUGCCUCUUUGUAGGUGGUUACUGUGACGGUGGGCCAGCCCUGUUCAGGCCCAGAGCUGCUAACAUGGGCUCUACUCAGUCCCAGUGACUUGGCCAGAAUAGAGCUUUGCCAAGUAACUUCCCUGUGCUAGGUGAAAGGGGAAAAGCAAUAGCUGCAUAUAUUUCAAACAAGGUCUUGAACAAGUUCAGAAAGAGGAACUUGAUUGAAAAAUGAACAAGUGUAGUAGUGUGUGAGGAAAUUCAGAAUGAUGUAGGCAGAAGUUAAUAUUCUACUUGUAAAUGUUAUCUGAGCAUAAAACAAGAGCAUUUAAUUGAGACCCUGCUAUAGAGUCUCUUUAUUAAGACCUUUUUAAGAUUAUUUUUAACAAUGCAUUUCAAGUUACAAUAGCUAUUUUUCUUUUAGAUUCUCCCAACACUUUGUAUUUGUUAGCUUUCAUUAACUUGCCUCCUGUAUACAUUCCACUUAUUGCUUUUUUUUUUAGGUCAUUUCUACAUCCUUUAUUCCUUGUUUUCCUGCAGUGUAAUGGCCCAGAAUGUCCUCUGAGCCUUUAGCUCCAUUAUGGACCCAAACUAAACUAAACUUGGAUAGGUUAAGCUCUCCUUAGUGUACUGGUCUAUAAUUAGAAAAACUGUUUUGAAAUUAGAUGUUCCCCUUAUUUAUUUAAACAGCUUUUUGCUGACAAAGCUUAGUGGAUUAAUGAGGCAGAGGGUGUUUUGAAAUCCACUAAGUAGUUCCCACAGGCUGGAUGUUGUGGCACACACCUGUAAUUCCAGCACUUUGGGAGGCUGAGUGGGCGGAUCACGAGGUCAAGAGAUUGAGACCAUCCUGGCCAAUAUGGUGAAACUACAGCUCUACUAAAAAUACAAAAAUUAGCUGGGUGUGGUGGCGAGCACGUGUAGUCCCAGCUCCUUGGGAGGCUGAGGCAGGAGAAUCGCUUGAACCCAGGAGGCAGAGGUUGCAGUGAGCCGAGAUCAUGCCACUGCACUCCAGCCUGGUGACAGAGUGAGACUCCGUCUCAAAAACAAACAAAAAAGUAGUUCCCACAGCUCACCACCACAGCAGAGAAGACAACUGUGCAGAAAACAGAGUUGGUGGCAGUCAGCAGGAACGCAGCUGGCCUGUUGGACCCCUGCUGGAUGGGGGAGUGCAGAAGACACUGGUGAAGUAUUUUAUACUGAAGACCUGUGGUUGGGAGCAGGGGGAAGUCCAUGGGUCUGCUGAUUUUUUUUUCCCCUAUUUAGUACUAAUGUGUGUAUGAUCUUUGUUUUACAAACAAUACCUGUUGGAUUUUCAGCAUACUUUAAAAUUUUUGUACAGUUUUGAAUUCUAUAGAUUGUCUUGGAAGGAUACGAUGUGAUGACAGGCUAGGCGCACAGUAAUUGGAGACUUUUAAUGUAUGUAAUAUUUCAUAGAUUGCAUGCUAUUAAUAGUCUGUGAGGGUAGUAUUUUUUGUUUUAUUGUAAGUUCCCCUCAUUUAUCUUUUUAUAAAUUAAAAGAUGGUGUUAGGAAUUCCAAAUGAAUGCAGAAACAUCUUCCAUGCUGUGUAAUAAUAAUGUAACAGAUGACCCAAGUCCAAAAGCUAACCAAUAAAGCAACCAUGUUAUCAGGAUAGAAGAAACCUAAUGGGAGAGGGGAUUCUUCCUCCUAGUUUGUGGGACCAGUCCCUUUAAAAAAAAAAAAAAAAAAAAAAAGAAUAGUUGUCUUUUUCUUUUGUCAUAUUAGUAAUCGAAAGUCCAUGGUGUUAUGAAUGAAAAUACAUUUUCUUGUCUUUGACCUUAUGGCCAAGGCAAUAAAUCAAACAAAAAUAGUGCCAAUGUGUCAAAAUCUACAUCUGAUUCAGCCUGCCAUUUGGAAUAAAUAUGAAUCUUUUAAGCUAUCUUGUUUAGUAUUUUCCAUCAUUGAGCUACUUUGUAUCUCCCUCAGAGGCGCCUGCUGUUCCCAUUUUAGAGUUGACAAUGGCCUGCUAAUUUUGCUAUGUCCCUAAAAGUUACUGGGUGUGAGACAUUUUCAUCCCCUCCUUUUUCCUCCUACUGGUGUUUAUUAUCUGGCUAGAGAAUAUUUUAUGCAUCUUUACUGUGAUGUGUGUAAUGUAGCUGCACUCCUUGGCAGUUUUUGUUGAAGAUAACUACUUAAGAUUUUUUUUCUCUUUAAAAGGAAUCAAAAUGAUGGUAGUUUACUUUUAUCUUUUUGUGUUCAUUUUCUUUUAGUAGGUGAACUUUUUGCAUUAAGAACUGUGUUUAUCUUUUACUACCUUUUCUUUUCUCCUUUGUGGAGAGAGCAUGUUAUGUCCUGAAGGUGACCUUUGCCUUUGAAAAAGGUUUGAUGGAGGAAUUCGCAGGUGACUAAGUCUUUGAAAAGAUGGGAUCUGUUCACUUCUGGACUUUUUGGCUAGGAACUCCUGAUUGGUGUUAAGGUGAUAAUAUCCCCCAUAUGAUUUACUUAGAAUCAUAGAAUUUGAGCUAGAUGAGAUUUUAAAAAUUCUGGUUGUCUCAUUUGAUGAAGUAAGUUUUCUUCUUCAUGUUAACAGCUAGUAACAGCAGAGGUCUCACUCAGUGGUCAAUUUUCCACUGCACCACAACUGUCUUAACUAAAUGUGCUGUAUUUUUCUUUAAAAGAAGUUGAGUUUUAUUUGAUGUUUUCAAGAAUAUACUUGAAAAGGUAUGCCAUGUUUUGAUAAAUACUAUCAGAAUUGUGUAAAGGCGUGUACUAACUGCAACCUUAAUGAAAAUAAUCUUCGUUUUUAUCCCUCCUAAAACUACACUCAGUAUAAACACUUUCCCAUAAGGUGUGUUUGGUAGGAAUGUUAUAUUAAUUCAGCACUGGCAGGAGCACAGCACAGUAGCCUUAUUGGAGAGAGCCUUAUAAAAUGAUUAAAUGGGGAGGCAUCAAGCUCAUUACCUUUGUUUACUUUGUGCUGAUCUUUGUUCCUAUUUGGUUGAGACUCUCAUUCUAAAAAAAAAAAUACAACGAAACGACAGGGCCUAGCUGUGUAUAAAUGAUCCUUGCUGAAUAUCUUAAGGUUUUUUGUAAAAAAAAAAAAAGAAAAACCAAAAAAAGCUUAUUUUCACAUUAAAAUGAAAUCUCUUUUGCAACUUAAGAAUUCUAUGGAAAAAGUUUUUAUCAUAUUUUGUGUCCAUGCACCAUUUUUCUUAAAAAAAAAAUGGCUUACAAAAAGAAUGUAAACAAUUUGUGAUCUGGCCAGUUGUGCUUUUAGCUCCCAGAGGGAGAGUUGGUGAUACUAUGCGUUGAGUAAAAACCAUCCAGGAGAACUUGAGGGAGCAGUCUGUUGCCAGUAAUGUUCCUUGUGUGCCAUUAAACCACCUCCAGAUGAGUGGUGGAACAUCACUUUUUAAUUUUUUAAUUGUAUUUGGAAUUGCUGCCGUGUACUAAGAACUUGACCUAAAUAAAAUCCCACAAAGUAUA